AAGUACGGAACCACUUUAGACCCUUUCCAUGUGCCAGAGAUUGAUUUGAAGUUUGAUAAGAAAAUCGCACUGACCUGGUGGCACGGACAACUGAACCUGACUGAGGGUCAGGUGAAAGGUCUGUCCCAUUUGGCUCGUUCUGGUGACUGUGACAUCGGCACCGAUAAGGGAAAGUUCAUCGCUCACAUCCAGUUGGGCGACUCCAAUGUGAACGUCCAUUUCCACGGCGUUAUGAAACUCAACAUAUUUCAUGCGACCGUUAAUUUCGACGCCUCUGUCGGUAAUCUUGACAUUAAGGCGACCGCAGGUCUGGACGAUAAGGGAAAGUUGAUGCUCAAUGAGUUCAACGUGGAUGAGCUCAAGAACGUCAAGAUCCAUAUCUCAGGCCUUUCGAUCCUGACCCCUCUUGUGAACGCCAUCGCCAACGGAUUUGUCACCAUUUUUAACCCUCAGGCGCGCAGUCUUAUCGGUAAUGCACUGAAGGGUAUCAUUGAGAAAGAGAUCCAAAAUAUCAAAAUCCCUCCAAAUGCUAUCUAUGAAUACUAAAUGCACUUUUCAUUGUAUUAUAUAAUUAUCUCUCGAUUUGUAGUACAAAUGUUGCAUAAGUUUAAUUGUAAAAAUUGUAAACCUAUAAAUAAAAAUUUAU